AUGCCCCUGCUGAGGUGCGAGGCUCGGGAUUUUGGGAUUUCCACAUCCGAGGCGGUUGUCUGGGGCUGGGAGAAGUUCCCCUGCAGCCCCGAGUUGUCCAUCUGUACUGGGGGCACUGGGGCCGCCAUCACGGGCCAGUCACCAUGGAAGCAAUUACAGACCCAGCGCAGCGACGGCGCCAUUACACGUCGACGGCUCCGAGGACCAGGCAAGAGGUGGUAUCGGAGAGGGGACGCCGUCAAGUGCCUGGGGGCUGUUCAGGGCUCCAGGGGCUCCAUCACGUGCUGCGGGUGCUGUCACGUGUCCGGGGUGCCAUCACGUGUCUGGGAUGACGUCACGUGCCAGAGCUCGAAGGCCUGUCUCUGCAGCCGGCAUCUGCAGGGCCUCAUGGCUGCCCCGCCGUCCCGCCGCAACGCUGGGCCUGACGCCUCGAAGCUCUCGGUCCUGCGCCGCCAUGUCCUGCUUCGGCUCCUUCUGCUGCCGCUGCUGCCGCCGCCGAACCAGGGUGAGGCGGGCACCGCCUCCUUCUCCGCCCCGCCCCAGCUCCACCCUCUGCCCCUCUACAUAACCCCCGAACCCCCACUGCUGCUCCGCCAGCUCCCGGCCUGGCGCUCUCAGCGACGCCCCGAGGCAGCUGAGCACCCCUGGAGACCUCGCUUGAGCAUUCGUUCUGGCCCAGGUUACAAAGAGGACAAAACUAUCCCAGUUUGUGGCAAGCCCUGGUGGUUAGACAACGUGGACGUGCACCGCCAUUGGCCCUGGGAGGCGAGCCUGCGCGUAAAACAUGAACACGUGUGUGGAGGGGCCCUCAUUGACCCCAUCUGGGUGGUGACUGCCGCCCACUGCAUCCAAGGCACCAAAGAGUACUCAGUGAUGCUUGGCACUUCCAAGCUGCAGCCCGUGGACUUCACCAGGGUCCUCUUGAUUCCCGUGAGGGACAUCAUUUUGCACCCCAAGUACUGGGGCCGGACCUUCAUCAUGGGUGAUGUCGCCCUUCUCCAGCUUCACACUCCCGCCACCCUGAGUCAGUACGUGCAGCCCAUCUGCCUGCCGGAGCCCAACUUCCACCUGAGGGUUGGGACUCAGUGCUGGGUGACCGGCUGGGGCCAGAUUAAGCAGCGUUUCUCAGCCAACUCCACGUUGACCCCAGAGCUGCAGGAGGCCGAGGUCUUUAUCAUGGACAACAAGAGGUGUGACCAGAUUUACCACAAGAAGUCCCUCUUCCCCCGUAUUAUCCCCCUUGUCCUGGAGGACAUGAUCUGUGCCACCAAUUAUGGAGAAAACUUGUGUUAUGGAGAUUCUGGGGGGCCUCUGGCCUGCGAAGUCGAGGGCAAAUGGAUUCUGGCUGGUGUGUUGUCCUGGGAAAAGGCCUGUACCAAAGCGCAGAAUCCAGGCGUGUACAUCCGUGUCACCAAAUACAGCAAAUGGAUCAAGAAGCAGCUUGAUGGGGCUGUCUCAGGCCCCCGUGCCUCCAUGUGGCUCCUACUCCUGUCCUGGCUGCUGCAGCCCCAGAUGGGCCCCUGA